GUACCAAGUCAAAAGGCUGCAGCUGGGCCAGAGAAGGAACUGGACUUGGGCAAUCUCUUCGGGCUCUUUCUGUCAGAGUUUUAAGUUGCGGGCGUGAAUGAUGCUCCGGCGACAGUUGACAGCAGUUCUCAGGCUGCGGAUACGGCCUCUGCUAAGCCCUCCUUUUGACCCCAGAUUCAAAAGAUACCAGGCUUUUGAUGCUGAUCUCGACCAAGAUGCGCUGGCUGAAGCCCGAACUUGGUUCCGGUCAGAAAGUGAAUUAUCGCGACUCCCAAAGGGUAACACCACCUACGCUCGGUCUAGUGGGCCGGGCGGACAGCAUGUCAAUAAGACCGAAACCAAGGCCACAACAGCGUAUCCAGUUAGAGAGUUGCUCUCGACGCUUCCCAGGUUGUUGCAUCGUAGCAUUCGAGAGUCGAAAUAUUACACGACAAAGAGCGACUCCCUUACCUUUCACACUCAAGACUCCCGGUCAAGAGAUGCAAAUGCCAAAGAAAACUGGAAAAAAUUGUUGAAGGAGAUUCUCAGUAUUUACGACCAAGUUGUCCCCAACGAGACGAGCAAAGAAAAGCUGCAGAAGCACCAAGAUUCCCAGAAGAACUGGGACAACCAAAGGUUGAAAAUGAAGAAACAACUUUCCCAAAAGAAGAAGGAUCGCAGAGGGCCACCAACUUGACUGAAUAGCUUGGUGAAUAUGAAACAAAUCCCAUGAAGCAAGGAGGGAGUUACCAAGACGAAGAGAUGAAAUCGAAAGAUUC